UUUACACUUAAGUUAUUAGUCCUAAAAUAGUUUACGAUACGAGCGAUUGGCAAAAUGAACACAUUAAAACCCAUCCCCAUACUGAGUAAAAAUCAGCGUGUUGUUAUUAUUAAACCAAAAUUGGUUUAAAUGUGCCAAGCGUGAGAUUUUGUGUUAAGAGCACCCAAGAGUGAGGAAAGCAAAUAAAGCGUGCAGCCGAACAUGUCAAAAUUCGACGUGGAAAAAAGAAACGCCAUUUUGUAUAGAAGUGCCGGCGCAAAUAGACGCGGCAGUGUGCGAGCACCAAAUUGGACCGCAAAAAGUGCCUUUUUGGAUAUCCGGAGAGCCGUUGGAGCAUCCAGCAACACGCAAACCGCGUGCUCCAGGAUUUGCCGUGGAAAAGCAGGAAACCGUUCCAAAACGUGGUCUGGCGAAGGCCAAAGAAAGGAGGCUCGGAACCGGUAUCUCGGCUGGUAAAGACGGCUGAAGUGAAGGCUCGAGGAGCCAAUAAUAUCAACAUUUCCUCGCCACAAAAUCCGCCUACAAAAGGAGCUAGUGAGAAGACGGUGCGAACCCUAGCACUUACAAGGCCACGAAUCCAAAUCGUCGGUAGGCAAAGGCAUCAGUCGGAAGAGCGAGACAGAGCCACACAUCCACGUGUGGCUCUUUUUUCCCCCCUCACCUCAACUGCCUUCCGGCGCGGCAAUCUCGGGCGAGCCGAAGAAAAUCAGCAGCCCCCUGGUAGACCCCAGGAGGCGCCACAAGUGUAGGAACAAAUCAACGAAAAGCAGCAGCCCCCUGGUAGACCCCAGGAGGCGCCACAAGUGUAGGACGGAGGCACGAAUCAACCAAGACCAGCAGCCCCCUGGUAGACCCCAGGAGGCGCCACAGGCGUAGGGCCACAGUUCCCGCAGUGCUGCCAAUCGGCACUCCGAAUCGCCGAGCAGCACAACAAAACUCGGAGGCCCCGGGACUCUGCCGUGAAGAAAAGUGGAGGUCUUCCGGCAGAGAGGGUCCACAAGGGAAAGCAACAGCAACAGCGCCACCAAUCGGCCCCAGGCGUAGGGCGGCCGACCAGCAGCAACAGCGCCACCAAUCGGUCCCAGGCGUAGGGCGGCCGACCAGCAGCAACAGCGCCACCCAUCGGCCCCAGGCGUAGGGCGGCCGAAUAGCGGAAGAGGCACGAGGUGCCACCCGAUCGGCGCUCGGUCGAAAGGCGGCGGACGCAUGCCGGGCAGGCGAGGUGCCGUACAGUGGGAUCCAUUCGGCGAAAAUGCGGUGAGUACACGCUGGUUUGGGGAAGUGUGGGUGUGUCUUGCCAUAAUCCUUUGUAGCCAUCAUUUUUAUUCAUGUGGCAUCGCCCACGAAAAGCCUCUUCAAUAAAUGGCGCCCAACAAAAACGAACCGCUUAAGUUUUGUUCGGGAAAAAUAAAAUAUCAUUUGUAUUUGUGAUGAUAUUAGUAUGUUUUUGAUUGUAACAGUAAUUUAGUUAAACCUACUGUUAUGUUAUUAUUAUUAUCGCUCAAUUUUUGUAUCGUAUCGUAAUUUUGUAAUCUGUAAGUCCACAUUUGUCUGGUUUUUUGAUCCUAAUAAACCUAAUAAAGAAUGAUGAAUAAACAAAUUGAUUUGUAUCAUCUUAAUGAUGAGGAGAUGGAAUAUGAAUUGGCCUUGCGCCAUGUUUCAAAUCUAGCCCCAUGCUCUAGAAGAGCUAGGGUUGUCAAGUUAAAAGCUCUUGUCCAAGAGGACACCCUUAGAGACACCAUCUAUGUUAAUUCAGAACACGUAAUGUCGCCGGAGUUGAACAUCGAGGUCUGCCAGAGGGCAGUGGUAGAAUUGAGAAAUCAUGUUGAUUUAGCCACGCAGAAUAGAAAUGCCGAUCAAAUGGCUUGCGCGAAAUCGAGAUUGCUUCAUUACCGGCAAAGAUUAUCACUGAUUCCAGUGGUCGCGAGUUUAGAGGAAACGCGUAGGGUCGUGUGCGAGCUUGUAGAGACGCUGCUAGCUCAGAUAGAGUGCGUGAACAGUGCAGUCAAUAUGGUGUUAAGUGAAACAGAAAACACUAGCCUUUCAACUAGUGUCCCAACCAUCCAGGCAGAGAACAGUAGCAGUAGGGAUGCCUGCGAUGCGUUGACGAUUCCACCGAGGCCACAAGCAGUCGGAAAUGAUGAAGGAGCACGAGCACGGAUGCAAGAAGCGGAUGUCGAGCCGUCUUCUCUUCCAUUCCAAGAAGGCAGACAAGGACAGAGGGACUUGGAGGAAGUAAUCAUCCGGAGGUCGGGUAGUUCGGCUGGUCUGGCUGCUGUGAACGUUCUGGACGAACUGCGGUUCGACAUUCAACAACGACAAAGGAGGCAGCAGCAGUUGAACGACAGCUUUACAAACCGGAGUGGUAGCAACUACGACAGGCGGAUGCAGAAGGCGAUUCACAAUUGGCCUUUCAAGUUCCGAGGUGAAAAGGACACCACGUCCCUCAAUAUUUUCCUAGACCGAGUGGAGACGUUCGCCAGAUCAGAGGGAAUCGACGAUCAGACACUUCUGGCUUCUAUCAAACACCUGUUGCUUGAAGACGCCCUCGACUGGUACUCAAGAGCACUUGCCCAACGUCGCCUGUAUUCCUGGCAAGCAUUCAAGCAAGAAAUUCGACGGGAAUUCCUGCCUAGCGGGUAUGCUCAGAUCCUGAGGUUGGAAGCCAGCUUCCGUUUUCAAGGUGCCAACGAAACGUUCGAUAAGUUCUUCCGUGACAUCUCUACACUAUUCCGCUUCAUCGAUCCACCACUUACGGAAGAGGAGAAGUUGUUCAUAGUCAAGAAAAAUAUGAACAUGGACUAUGCAACAAUAGUAACAGCCGCUCAGCCAAAGACACUGAUGGACCUGGUCAACGUCUGCAGCAACUUCGACGAAACAAGGCUAUUGCUGAACCAGCAGCGCAGAAUUCCAAUUCCGCACAACCACUUACUAGAACCGAACUUCGCAACACCAGCAACAACAAGUCGGUCUCAGCAACACCAGCAGCAGCGUUUCGGGAGAUUGCAAGCAGUGGAGGCGGACGAGCAGUUGUACGGAGCCACAUCAUACUCAGCACCAUCGCAUCGGCUUCCAAUACAACAGCCACGCUUCAACAGAGUACAUGCGGUGGAGAACGAGGCCCAGCAAGGUGCGGCUUCAACGUCAGCUAUCCAAACUGAAGCAGAUCUAGUGGAUCCAGAAGAUGCAGACGGUUUGCAAGGGGACUUCAACCAGCUGUACGAGCAAGUUUGUGCCAUGAAGCUUCAACUGGAGCGCAGAUCGAAUCGUUUCAAUACAGGACUACAGCAGCAACACUCUGAACAACGACCGGAACAGCGUCAGCAACCGCCUACAAUUUCGGCAGCUCAGAACAAUUUGGUGAAUCGGCAAGGCAGUCAAGCGGAGAACUAUCGAAUACAACAUCCGUUGCAACAGCAAGCUAAAUGGGCGCCGCGGCAGCAGCUUCAACAACAGCAGCAGCCUCAACAGCAGCAGCUUCAACAACAGCAGCCUCAACGGCAAUUCCAACAGCACUAUCAACCACAGCUCCAGAACCAGCAGCUUCAGCAAGCAGGCAGCAACAUGUACGAUCUAGAUCCUGUUCAGCAUACAGCGUACCGCCCAGCGCUUUGCUGGAACUGUGAUGAGGAGGGGCAUAGGUUUCCGGAUUGCACGAAGGCACAGGCAAUUCUCUUUUGCUACAGAUGCGGUCGAAAAGGUUACACGUUACGCAGCUGUCUUGUUUGUAACAGCGAAGCGGAAAACGCCGCAGCGAGGAGGUGGUAGA